AUGCAAACGACCAAUCUCCACAGUAAACAGACGCCCGGCCGGCGGCGCCAGGCCCGGCGCUCGAAUCAGUCUCCUGCUCAGCGAAAUUACGCCUCCGAAAAUGACAUGCCAGACCCUACAUUCCAUCAUCAAGAGCUUCCCGAUGGCGGACCGGCAACGCCACUCAAGUCCAACUCAAACAGUCCCGCCCCGGCCUCAACUUCCAACAACAAGUCGAGCAAACGCAACGGUAACAAGUCUCGUCCCAAGAACGUCUCGACAUCGCCAGCUCCCAUGAAGCAGGGCCGACGAACACCGCCACAGACUGGUGGCCCCAAGUCAGCAUCUGCUGCUGCCUUUGCUGGCGCCACCUUCCACGCCUCUCCCGCCCCGUCUUCUCUGCCGAUUCCCAGCUUCUUUGCCAAAACCGCGACUGAGUCCCCCAGGGAUAGACCUCCCAACAACAACACCGGCGCCGAGUUGUCUCCGCCCUUGUCCGAUGCCGAGGUCUCGAGUCCGGGUCCUCGAUCCCCCCCUGUGAAGGCGCCGCGGGAGGAAUCGCCUCUGGACAUAUUCUUCCGUGCGGACCGCGCCGAAAAGCAGAAGGCUCGGUCGAAUAGCGGCCUUGGCUCUGCCAUUGGACCCUUUUCGCCUCCGCAAACACUCUCCCCUCAAGAAUCGAAUCCUUUUGUCACAGGCUCGACCUCCCAGCAGGGCCGCCGGCCCCAGUUUCAGCGUAAAGCUUCGAAUGGCAUUUCUACUACGGAGCUCGAUGGCACCCCUGGCAAGCCGAUGGGGCCUGCUUUCUCAACCCCCUACUCUGAGCGAAUCAAGGCAGCACGCUCAAGCGAACGCUCAGCCGAUAAUCAGCAUUCUCCCCUUCCCCAGAGGAACCCUGCCAGUGAUGCCAGUGAUGCCCUGAAGCGUUUCUUGUUCUCUGGCCAGCAGCCGGCUGCGGCACCACACCACUCUACCAAUGGCUCGUUCAACACCCCCUCGGCGGCAUCGGUGCAGCCUACCCGGGCGGCGAUGCCGGAAGUUCAGCAUGUAUAUGCUACCUCUCCCGCACACCAUACCUCUCAGAACCAGCGCUCAGCGAAUGUCGUUGCAAUGGAAGAUAGCCUUAGGCAGAUUCUCAAGCUCGACUCUUCGCUCAGCUUAGGCUCGCCAACUUCUCAUCGCUCAUAG